AUGGGUCUCCACGACACCUUCGACUUCGACGAACCCGCCUACAUCGCCAAGACCAAAGCCCGCACGACCCCGCAACUCCAAGAAGAAGAAAUCAAAAAACUCCGCCAACACUUCGCCGCCUCCUGCUCCAUCGGCGCCGGCGUCGGCCACUCGAUCCACAGCGCCGGGAUUUCCCUCGGCGUCUCGGCCUUCGGCCUGCGCCGCCUCGUCGUCGCCCGCCGCAAGCUCGCCAUCAUCCGCGCCGAGCUGACCGCCCGCGGCGUCAAGCUGCACGACCCGACCAAGCGCGACGUCGCCAUCCCGGUGGGAGCGGCGCUGGCGGGCAUGGGCUUGGGGGCUGAGAUUGGGCAUUUGGUCGGCGGGUUGAUGCCAACGCCGGGGUUGCCGCCUGGCACGCAUCUCGAUCAGGCGGGGAAUGUGGUGGGCGAUUUGGCGGGCGCGAGUGAGGGGUUUGUCCACGGGCUGGCGGAUCAGAGCCAUGCGGUUGGCCAUGCGGUGCAUGAGCAGGUUGCUGGUGCGUUGGCCGGUCACGUGGGGGCGGAGGCGGCGGCCGGCGCGGCGGGUGCGGCGGGCGAUGGGCAUGCGGUGGGUUAUGUGGCGGGGAUUCUGGCGGCGAAGAAGACGGAGGAGUUUAUUGCUGAGGUCGUGGGGGAGGCGGUGUUUGCGUAUGCGAUGGAGAAGCUGUUGGAUCCGGAGAUUAAGGUCGAGUUGGCGUUGAAGGGGAAGUGUAGUCGGUUGUUGGGGCCGUUGGGGCAGUAUUGUAGGGGCUGUGGGCAGUCGAUUAGGGAGGGGAGGUUUGCGCAUUGCUGCCAGGGCGGUGAUGACUACGAUCUCUGCAUGCCGUGCUUCGGUAACGGCGUCAGCUGUCAAUGUACUGAUCGCGAAAUGGUCAUCAUGCAGAAGUCGGUUGCUGGAGAUGUUGUGAUUUCUGAGAAGGGAGAAACCAACAGGCGGCUUGCAGCUGCUCCGAAAGUGAAUUGUGUCGGCUGCCAAAAAGAGGUCACCCAAGGCCGCUAUUACUAUUGCGAUUCGUGCAAUCAGAGCAAGGAUGGGUAUGAUCUAUGCGAGUCUUGCUAUGGAUCUGGCCACACUUGCGAAACUCCAGACGAACAUCGUUUAUACGUCUAUCUAAGGGCCAACGUGCCAGAAAAUGUCGGCCCAUACACAUACAUCUCGCUUGAUGCAGUGCCUUGUAAUACCUGUGAGAAGCGGGUAGAACAAGGGCCAUAUUAUUACUGCCCCAAUUGUGGGGAUUUCGCAAUGUGCGAGCGGUGCUAUGAGAUGGGACGUUCAUGCAAGAAUCGUGAGGCUGGCCAUAUCCUCAUCCGAUACUAUGCCUACUCUGCCAUGUACUCGGUCUCCGGCGAUUUCCACGACAAGAAAUGCAGGUUCUCUACCCUGUACCAACACUAA